AGGCUGCAGCAUCGCAGGACCUGAGCCCAGGUGGGAGCCUGAGUCACAGCGGGACCCUCGGCGCAGCGGUGCGGUGGUAGGCCCCAGGUCCAGAACUGAGCUCUUGGCACCAUGAACCCCGCUAUCAGCCUCACUCUCCUCCUGACAGUCUUGCAGAUGGCCAGUGGACAGAAGGUGACCAGCCUGACAGCCUGCCUGGUAGACCAGAGCCUUCGUUUGGACUGCCGCCAUGAGAACACCACCUCCUUGCCCAUUCAGUACGAGUUCAGCCUGACCCGUGAUUCAAAGAAGCACGUGCUCUUUGGCACUGUGGGGGUGCCUGAGCACACAUACCGCUCCCGAACCAACUUCACCAGCAAGUACAACAUCAAGGUCCUCUACUUAUCUGGCUUUACCACCAAGGACGAGGGGACAUACACAUGUGAACUCCACCUCUCUAGCCAGUCCCCCACCUUCUCCAACAAGAAUGUCUCUGUGAUCAGAGACAAACUGGUCAAGUGCGGAGGCAUAAGCCUGCUGGCCCAGGACACAUCGUGGUUGCUGCUGCCCCUGCUCUCCCUGCCCCUCCUGCUGGCCAUGGAUUUCAUCUCCUUUUGACUGGCUGGGCCCAUGGAGGACACAGGAAGCCACAAGGCCCUGUCCAGAGAUCCUACUUCUCUAAGUAGGCUGAUCUCAUCCCCCCAAUCCCCCACACACCUUGGGGAAAAAUGGGAACCCCAUCCCUCAUAAGGAAUUUCAGUGUCGCAUGCCAUUAUUUACCCACUCCCCAACUGCCAUCUCACACCCUCUCUGGACACCACUAGCUUUUUGUCCUCUUUGUUCCUGAGCUGCUUCUGCCUUGUUUAUUUAGGGAUUUUUCUUCCUUUUCUUUGGGAGUUUGUGAAAAGGGAAGCCAAAGUUGGGGACCUAAUAAAGAGUGAGGGCCUGGGAGGGGUUGUAGGAUAGAGGGUACCAGUCCCUGAGGGGCCAUCUUUGCCGACGGGGACCAGAAACCUGAGGGAGACCUUGAUGAGGAGGGGGAUGGGGUGUUUUGGGGUCUAGCACAUCCCUCAUCAGCCCCCUACCCCCAUCUGUGACCAAGCAUUUGUGGUCUAUCACAUGAGAAGAGAACUGAGCAUCAUUAGGAGCAUUCUCCAACCCAGCACAAAAGCUGCCCUCUUUACUGAAGAAGUCCCCUAGGGGCCCUAGUCCUAGGGCACAGUCCAGUGGAAAUACAGAUUCUGUCCAAGGAGGAGUGCUAAUGGAGGGUUGGAAAGGGGGAUAGGAAGGAAGGUCCACUAUCUUCCCCUACCUGAAGAAGAUAAAAAUGGGAGCCUACUGUCCCUCACUGCCUUAACCAAUAGUUGGGAGGGUGGCAGAGGAAGAGAGGCCCCUUCCCAGGUUGUCCCAAGCUCCAGAGAACUUCCAGAAUGCUGACCUGGGGGCACUAUGCAGGCCAUAGGGAGCCACAGAGCCAAGUAAUUUGGCCCAAGUAUUUCUCCAGGAAGCUCUUCCUUCCCUCCACAGCCAGUGCCAACCCCAGAUAGCUGAGCCUCAGCCAUCCCCCUGCCCCACAAGCCUGCCUUCUCAGGGAUCUCUGGGGGGCCUGAGACAGGCCAUGGAGUGAAUACCAUGAGCACGACAUGCCUUGAGAAAUGGGUUUUCCCAAAACCCAGCUCCCCAUCAGGCAGCUCUGCCCUGUCCUGGGACCAUGUAUAGUGCCACCACAGCUUAUAGCAUCUCAUUGAGGAAAAAGAAAACUGCACAAUAAAACCAAACCUCUGGAAUCUGUCGUCCUGGCUCUGCUUUGCUUCUGUCCCCAGGCCUGCCACCCUCCUUUAGCCAUACAUCCAGGAGGUCCAACCUGCCACCUCUUCCUCUCCCUUUUCCUACCAAAGCAUGCUGGACUUCUCAGAAUGA